AUGUAUGUAAGUAUUAAAGAUGUUGUAGUAGGACUUUUAAAAGUUGGCACCAAAAAUUUAUAUCUGUUUGAUAGUCUGGGUCAGACAAAGAAAGUCGACAAUUCUCCUUGUAUACUAGAUUUUUACGUCCACGAAUCCCGACAGCGCACAGGACUUGGAAAGAAAUUGUUCGACAUUAUGCUGGCUGAGGAAAAUUGGAUUCCUGUUAAAUGCUCCGUUGAUAGACCAUCUGAAAAAUUGUUACAAUUUUUAAAGAAACACUAUGGUCUGGAAAUCAUUAUACCACAGGCAAAUAAAUUUGUGCUCUAUCAGGGAUUUUUCGAUGACGAUACAACUGCGAACAGCGAAGCUACAAAUGAGGAGCAACAACAAUGCGCAAGUACGCAACAUCCGUGCGCAAACGCAAUUGCAAACGAUAAUACAUACAAAAACGAAAAGGAGCAAACAAAUGAAAAGCAACAGCAUUGCGUAAAUGAAUCUACGAAUGAUGAGACAUACAAAAAUUCAAAGGAGCAAACAAACAAAGUAACGAGCGAAGCUGAAAUUUUAAAACGACAGAAAAAUGAUAACGAGUGCAUGUACGAAGUGACAGAUAACUUAGCUUGCGGUACGGCACAACAACAAAUGCAAGCAAUUUUAUUCGACGGUUGUAAACAAAGCGAAUGUAACGAGGCAAAUGAAAAACAUAAUAGACGAAAUAACAAUUUCACAAACGACAGCCAAAGUCAACAAGCAGCAUACGAGAUGAUGAAAGAUUCUUCCAACACUAGCUCCGCAAACAAAGAAAUGAAUUUUAUACAAAAGGAAUUGGAACUACUGCGGUUCGAAAGAGAGUUACUGCGUCGAGAGAACGAACUUCUAAAAAUAAAAGAAACGGCGCCAUCAGCAAAAACAGCAGCUAAAGAAGAUGUUAUUCCCUUCAACUGUUUAAAACAAUUUUUUCCUGACUACGACGGGGAAACGAAUGUAAAUGUGUGUCUAAAAAGCUAA